AUGUCGCUUCUUACUUCUUUACUAGUCAUCAUUCACGAGUGUUUUGUUUCGGUACAUACUUCUCCCGAUCGUCAUCAAUUGCAAUAUAGUUUUGUAAGAACAGUAUCUAAUAGAACACAUCAUCGUGCUAAACGAUGGGCAACGUCAGAUAUGUUUCAUAUUCUUAUUCAUUAUGAUGCAAGUGUUACAAAAUUAUCGAAAGAUGAACAAAAUUUAAUUAAAGAAGCAGUCGACGUAGCGACUGGUUAUUGGAGUAAUGCUAUUCGACCUAAAUAUAAGUUACACGAUCGAAUACGAUUAGCAAGACAAUGUCCAUCACAAAAAAUGUUUUUUGUUGAAAAUGAUUAUUCUAUAUAUUAUUGUUCGGAAAAAUGUUUAAGUGAAACUCGAUGUGGUGAUAUUAUUGUGCCUGAUGAACAUUUGCAUCAAUGCCAUGUCUGUACUAAAGAUAA